UCUUGGGUUUCAGUCCGCAUUGAGGCUUCUUGUAGAAGCUUUUGUUCUUUUCUUCCUGAGUCUCUCAAGUCAUGACUAUCACUGAGGUGGUUAGAACUUAAACGUGGAGAGAGAUGAUAUGACUAUGGCAUGCCAGUGGUCCUCGCUUCAUCGGGUUCAGUUGUUAUGGCAGAGCGUUCACUGUUUGGGGAGGAGAUGGUCAAUAAGGGCUGGAGCUGGACACAACAUGUGCUUUUACCAUCUGCAUGGUUGGUUCCGUCCUUGUUCAUCAGUUGUGUUUAGAAAGGGUUACUGUAGGCCAUCUAAUAGUUUAGAGUUGGGGUUAUCCACGACUGCUAGUGCAACUAUACAUAAUAAUCUGCAGAUAGAUUCCAAAUCCCAAGAUUUGGAUAUCCAAGAUGCGCUUCUUGAUUCAGCUAAGCAUGAAGAAAAAGAUCUGAAUCUUAAUUCUUUGAAUGGUCGAGUGAUGCUUAUUGAUGGUACAUCAGUCCUGUAUAGAGCUUAUUACAAGCUCCUAGCCAGGUUGCACCAUGGUAGUCUUCUCAGUGCUGAUGGGAAUGGAGAUUGGGUUUUAACUAUAUUUACGGCUUUGUCUCUUAUUAUCGAUGUUUUGGAGUUGAUGCCUUCACAUGUUGCGGUGGUGUUUGACCAUGAUGGAGUUCCAUUUCGUCAUUCUUCUGUUCCAUCCAAAGAGAAGUACAGGGCAAAAGGCCUGAAUUUUCGUCACACUUUAUAUCCCUCAUACAAGAGCAACCGUGAUCCUACACCUGAUACUGUAAUUCAGGGGCUCCAAUUUUUGAAGGCUUCCAUCAAGGCUAUGUCCAUAAAAGUGAUUGAGGUUCCAGGUGUUGAAGCUGAUGAUGUAAUUGGAACUUUGGCAAUAAAUAGUGUUGCUGCAGGGUUCAAGGUCCGAAUUGUCUCUCCUGAUAAAGACUUCUUUCAGAUUUUAUCUCCUUCAUUACGUCUUCUACGAAUAGCUCCACGUGGAACAGAGUUGGUCUCAUUUGGACUGGAGGACUUUGUGAAAAAAUAUGGAUCUCUAAAGCCUUCCCAGUUUGUCGAUAUAGUCUCACUUAUGGGUGAUAAAAGUGAUAAUAUUCCAGGGGUUGAAGGUAUUGGAGAAGUACAUGCUGUCAAGUUGAUCACCAAAUUUGGUAAUUUGGAGAACUUGUUGAAAUGCACUGAUCAGGUUGACGAGGAGCGCAUGAGAAAGGCCUUGACAUUAAAUGCAGAACAGGCUAUCUUAAGCAAGAACCUGGCAAUCUUACGCUCAGAUCUUCCAUUCUACAUGGUCCCAUUCACAACAAGAGAUCUUGUAUUCAGGAAACCUGAGGACAAUGGAGAGAAAUUCACCAGCCUCUUAACGGCCAUAAGUGCUUAUGCGGAAGGAUUUUCCGCGGAUCAUAUCAUUAGAAGAGCAUUUUCUUUGUGGGGAAAGUUCUAACUGAUGCCAUGUUCAUAGAUGCUCGAGUACGCAUGCAUUUGGACGCCCAAGUUCUUAUAGAUUAGGAUAUGGAUUUAUAGGGAUACCCAAUCAGGAACAUUUGUAA